CUUGCCCAACGGUGGUGAGUUUUUUACCUAACUUUAUUUCCCUCUUCUUUCAGGGAAAUAAAUCUGUAUAUAUGUAAAUGCGCACACGUGUUAUGCUUUCUUCUUGUUUCGGUGGAUCCAAAUCAAUUUCUUUAUUCUCUUCCUUUUAAUCUUGGAGUUUCCCCCUAUUCCUUUCGACUUUUGAGUUGUGGUUAUCUUCCAAUCUCAGGAUUUCGUUUCUCUAUUUCUUUAUAACCCAAAACAAAAUUGGAUCAAAAGUUGUUCGCUUUCGUCGCGUUUGGUGAUUAUAUUCAUCUGGGCUUUAAUCUAGUUUGAGAUAACAACAUGGAAGGAAUCAUUGUGAGGAGAGUUAUACCAUCUGACAACAGUUGUCUCUUCAACGCAAUCGGUUAUGUCAUGGACAAGGACAAAAAGAAGGCUCCUGAGCUAAGACAGGUUAUAGCUGCAGCAGUUGCAAGCGACAAGGAGAACUAUAGUUACGCAUUUCUAGGGAAGCAAAAUGAAGAAUACUGUGCUUGGAUUCUCAAUCCCGAGAAGUGGGGAGGUGCAAUUGAGCUCUCGAUAUUAGCAGAUUACUAUGGUCGAGAAAUUGCAGCUUAUGAUAUUCAAACUAGUCGAUGUGACUUGUAUGGACAGACGAAAAACUACAGUGAAAGAGUUAUGCUGAUCUAUGACGGUCUUCACUACGAUGCUCUUGCUCUGUCUCCAUUUGAAGAAGCCGAGGAGGAUUUCGAUAUGACUAUAUUUUCUGUUGGGAAAGAUAGAUCCAUUGGUGCUAUCGAAGGGCUUGUUCUGAAUCUAGUAAAGGACCAACAAAGUAAAAGGAGUUACACAGAUACCGCAAACUUCACUCUGCGUUGUGGUGUAUGCCAAAUUGGAGUUAUUGGACAAAAGGAAGCUGUGGAGCAUGCUCAAGCAACUGGUCAUGUCAAUUUUCAAGAAUACAAAUAAGAGAAAUGAUUUAUUUGAUUCUUUCAUACAAAUCCAAGAAAGGGGAAAGUAAACUACAUUUGUUAUUUGCUUAGUUUUAAGUCAACUAUUCAAAUUGAGUCUGUUGUGCAAUUAUCUCCUGUUGUUUUGUUCCUUUACUUGUAUCCUUUUUAGGGGGAGCAUCGUUCAUUGUCCAUUGUUGUCUCCCCAAUAAUGUCAUGAAGAAAUUGAACUCAUUGUCUUCAUUUUCUUUGGGUUGUAAACAAAAUUUUUUUCCAGUAAAA